GAGCGUUUUCAUCGACAGCUUAAGUCCGCCAUCGUUGCUACUUCGGCCGGCGUUAAUUGGGCAGAACGUCUUCCCAUCAUCCUCCUAUCUAUUAGGAGCACUGUGAAAGAAGACCUUGGAUGCUGCCCGGCAGAACUAGUAUUUGGUACUGCGCUAAGGCUACCGGGGGAAAUGAUUUUGGACUCCCAAAAACAUCCUCCUGUAGACCCAUUUUCCUAUUUCGACCGAUUAAAAGACCAUUUCCGAGCCGUCCGUCCAACACCAACCCGUUUGAAUACCAUGCCCGUCUACAUCCAUAACGAUUUGUCUAAAAUUAGGAGCCUCCCGUCCGGUCCUACAACCCCAACAGCCGAAGGUCCUAUAUCACCUUCGCCCCCCCCCCCACUGCAAUCUCUACCUGAAGACACUUCGGACUCUGUAGUUCCCCUUCCGUCCCUCUUCAACCUGAACCUUAUUACAUUCGUUUCUUCCGAAAAGUUACCUUCCCUUCCCAGCUGGCCGACUAUGUACAUUCAGUUCCUACAAACGCUCUAG